UCCUAACGGGUGCGACCCAUCUAAAAAUACAAUGCAUCUCGAUUCUUAUCCCUUCCGUCCUCCUUCCUCCUCCCCCCUCCCCGGUUCGACGCGCACAUCGAACCCCGACGACCACCACCGCCCGGCCGCCGCCGCCGCCGACGCGGUCGUCCUCUCCGGCUAGGAUCUGGUGCAUCUAACUAUUCAAGAAAUAGAAAAGCAUGAGCUACUUCACUUGCAAGCCGAACAGUGGGCUUAUUGUGGAUAGGCCCGUCGCUGGUCUUGGGAGGACAGGCAGAUUACUAUCUCAUCCUCAAUAUUCCCUAACGACACAUUCUGUUCGAUUUCCCAAGCUUCAAAAGCAGGUGUACCCGCGACUUGUUCUUGUUGCUGCUAGCCAGAAAAAGCUUCCUCCUCUAUGUGCCUCGAGUGGAAAGGUGAACCCAGAGGCAGAAAAUGAUCCCUUUAUGGAAUCUUUGAAGAAGGCCAUGGAUGAUGCCAAAAAGCCACGGCCUAUUCAAGACUUGCUGAAAGAACAGAUAGCUAAGCUGAGAGAACAAGGAUCUGGUGGAGGUGGAGGAAACCGAAAUCGUCGUGGAGGCAGUGGUGAUUCUGGUGGCCCAGAAGAUGAAUCAUUCAAGGAAUCAUUGGAUGAACUAGUCCAAGUUAUCUUAGCAACCGUUGCAUUCAUUCUUGUGUACAUCCAUAUAAUCAGAGGUGAGGAGCUGUAUCGCCUCGCCAGGGACUACACCAGAUAUCUUGUUACUGGCAAGCGUACUGCGCGGUUGAAACGUGCCAUGCAAAAAUGGCGCAAUUUCUCAGAGAGCUUUAUGCAAAGUGAAGGCUCACAAGAAGACCAGUAUGAAAGAGCAGCCACCUCCAAACCAACUUGGUGGCAACAGCCUCAAAAGUUUGUUCAUCUUAUGGAGGAACUCUGCCGAGGAAAUUGGCGCCCGCAUGCGCAGGAGUCUUAGUUCAGGUGCUCCCUUGUUCCUUUUUGGCCUUCUGAAGCACAUGGAUGUGGCGAUGAGCAGUACUGUUUUCAUGGCUGGUGCAAUGACCUGGAAUCUGGAUAGCGUUCCUUGCCCGGGGCAGUGAUUUGUUCUUCUUUGUUCGUUAAUGCGUAUUUUCUACGUUUUGUUAAGCACUAACCAAGUGAGUAACUUCCUGGCAAUUUUGUAGUUGAUGAGAUCGCAUAUAUAAGCUAGCCGGCGUCUCAUGUCAUAUGCGGCAAAUUGUAGAUUAUGUUGAAGUUGAACCGGUGUAGCUUGGUUUCACUGCAUUUUGGUUUGGUUUCCUUAGCGUUGGAAUGUAAUGGGUCACCCUUGACAACGUGGCUCCAAAUGUAUAAUCUUCAAUGGAAAACGAGUAGUAAGUACCGAAGCGCUUCUUCGCUGAACACAA